CGCGCUCUGCUCUCAUUGGCUGGAGGGGCGGGGUUCCGGAGGGCACGCUUUGAUGCUGCGAUCAUGGAGGGAGCCGGAGCUGGAGCCGGCUUCCGGAAGGAGCUGGUGAGCAGGCUGCUGCACCUGCACUUUAAGGAUGACAAGACCAAAGUGAGCGGGGACGCGCUGCAGCUCAUGGCGGAGUUGCUGAAGAUCUUUGUUGUGGAAGCAGCAGUCCGCGCAGUGCGGCAGGCCCAGGCAGAAGACACGCUCUGUGUGGAUGUGGACCAGCUGGAGAAGGUGCUCCCGCAGCUGGUGGGUGAGCGUGGGUCGCGGCGCCAGUGGAGGUGCCCAGCUGGCUGGCCCUAAGCACUUCUCUCCCCCACAGCUCCUGGACUUCUAGGGAUCUCAGCCGUGGCUGAGGCCACCCCCAGAGGAGCCCCUGGUCCACAGAAACAGGCCUUGUGUUUCCAGCGGCCUCUGAUAACAGGCGGGGAAGGACCUGAGGGGUUGAGUUGAUUCAAACAAGAUCCCCAGGUGUCUCCAGCCUGUGCAGAAGGGGCAGGACUGCAGUGCAUUGCUGCCCUCGGAGUGUCCAGUGGGGACACUGGUGUAGGAAGGGGCAGCACUUGGGGAGUCCCUGCCUCUCCUCCCUGGGGCAGCAGUGUGCGUACCACCCAGGUCCUACAGGCAGGUGCUGGGAAAGGCCUGGCCAGCAGGUAGCCUGUGUGUUUGACAAACGGCGGCUGGCAGCGCCGCCUCCUGCCCACAUUGCCUGCCACCCGACAUCAAAGCUGGCGUGUGACCUUUCCAGCCAUGCGAUAUUCCCCUUGGAAGAUGCUUCCCCCGGCUAUAAAUUUGUUCUCACAAAGCAACAUCAAUAAAUCAAAACUGUCUCUCCCA